AACAGGACAUCCACACCCUAUCUAGUAGCAGUGUCGUUCGUAGCCAUGGACUCCUCCAACCUCUCAGCUCUCCUUCUCAUCUUCAUGCUCGUCAUUUCCUCCUCCCCUCUCUCUCUUGCCUGUGGCUACUGUCCUCCUUCUACUCCCAAGACCCCGAAAGGACCCAUCACCGUGCCUCCCAUCAUCGUCAACCCACCCAUCACCGUGCCUCCCAUCGUCGUCAGGCCGCCCAUCACCGUGCCUCCCAUCGUCGUCAAGCCGCCCAUCACCGUGCCUCCCAUCAUCGUCAGGCCGCCCAUCACCGUGCCUCCCAUCAUCGUCAAGCCGCCCAUCACGUUGCCUCCCAUCAUCGUCAAGCCGCCCAUCACGUUGCCUCCCAUCAUCGUCAAGCCGCCCAUCACGUUGCCUCCCAUCAUCGUCAAGCCACCCAUCACAGUACCGCCUAUCACGGUGCCACCAGUCAUCGGUGGCGGGAAGCCACCUGGGACCGGAACCGCCGGCUGCCCACCGCCACCAGCACCAGCGAAGCAAUGCCCGGUCGAUGCCGUCAAGUUCGGUACCUGCCUGUAUAUCCUCGGCUCGCCAGUGCACAUCGGCGACCCGGCCGUCACCUGCUGCCCGAUAGUGGAAGGCCUCGAGGGGUUGGAAGCGGCACUGUGUGUGUGCACCACCAUCAAAGGCAUGUUUAUGGGCAUGGACUUCCUGUUUCCCCUGGCUAUCCAAUUGCUUGUGACCGGCUGUGGCAAGUCAAUCCCUCCCGGUUAUAUUUGUCCCUCUUAAACAUGGUGUAUAUGUUUAUGUUCGAUCAACGAGGAGACAUGAAGGGAUGUCAAGGACGAUGACGUUGUUGGUUUUGGGUUUUCUGUACGAUUGUGGUGUCUUUGUUUGAACUGGUUGUAAGAAUUGGUUCUUCCUUCUUCUUCUUUGAUUCCUGUAGGCGAUCUACCUGUGUGUGAAGUGCAUGGAAUAAAAAGUGGUAAUUUCAUCGUACUUGUAAA